AUGGUUGCCCGUUACAAGACCUACUCACCUUCCCUCUUUGGAUCCACUUCAGGCUUUGGCGGUCAAUUGGACUUUCUGCGGGGUGCGGCGAUGUGCACGGAUGGAAAAGGCAAACCGAUUCUGGCUAUGACCUCGACAACCACCAAAGGUAGCUCUAAAAUCGUACCGGAGCUGGCUGAGUGCGCCGGUAUCGUUACGCCCUCGGACCAUGCUCACUAUGUGGUCACUGAGUACGGUAUUGCACAACUCUUCGGUCGGAAUCGACGUCAACGAGCAUACGCGCUGAUCCAGGUGGCCCACCCAAAAUUCCGGUGAGUGAGCGCACAGUUGAUGCUGACACAUAUCUUUUGCCUUAUGUUUAAUUCUGACAAUUGGAGCCAUAUGUCGCGGUUUCAAGUUGAGAUGUUUAAAAUAAACGACAAAGUUUGCAUCAUUGCGCUAAGAGAGCCGUAAAUUCCCUCGUAAUUUUGGAAGCUAUUUUUGGAUAAAAACCGGCCUUCUUUUGUGGAGUUUGCAGUAGAGCAAGGUUUUAAACGAUAAGCUUCUUAUACUUUCAGACAUGCAUAUUCCAACGGACUGUUGUUGCAGUAGGUGUACUAACUCAUUAAAUGUUAACCGAAAUUCCCAAAUGCGUUGUCGUUUCAAGAAGAUUGUUCAAACAGGGUUUUAAAAAUUAAUGAGCAUGCGGCGUAAUUAUAUAAUAAUUCAGUUAUCUCGGGAUGCUGGCUUUCGAACGAGCAUCUCUCGGCUGCAUGCAAAACCACACUGUAACCAAUGACUACUAAAAUAACAUGAAUUUUUCUCAUUGAUUUUAGAUGCCCUCAAAAAUUCAUUUAUAUUUAAUGUAAGACAUGCAUAAAAACAUUCAUCCUGUUACGCAUUCGGUAGAAAAUUGCGUCCUCUUCUAAUUUUAUGCUCUAAGAAAUGAUAUAAUUCGGUUUUUAAAAUUUUUUCUAUUUUCUGAAUAAUUAUGAGCCCGACCUGUCGUUACACUUGCAGUCAGAGUUUACAGACUGCAAACCAUAUAUUUUCUGUGUACGAAAAACCAUACAUUUCCUUAUGGUAUUAAGAGGAGACUAUAUGGGGUUCAUAAAGUGUAGCAGUAGAUUUGAGCCAUAUUGUAAACUUUAAAAAACAAAAUUAGUGAAUGCAGAGACACGAUGUUUUACAAACGGGCAUUUCACGGUAUUAAAAAACCUCAUAAUUAGAAACUGUCUUUAAAACCGAAUUAUACCCUUUCUUCGAGUAUAAAAUUAGAAGAGGACGCAAUUUUCUACCGAAUAAAUAACAGGACGGAUGUUUUUAUGCAUGUCUUACAGUAAAUAUAAAUAAAUUUUUAAGGGCAUCGAAAAUCAAUGAGAAAAAUUCAUGCUACUUUAGUAGUCGUUGUUUACAGUGUGGUUUUUGCAUGCAGUCGAGAGAUAUUCGUUCGAAAGUCAGCAUCCCGACAUAACUGAAUUAUUAUAGAAUUAUGCUUCAUGAUCAUUAAUUUUAAAACCCUACUUAGGCAAUGUUUUCGAAACGAAAACGCAUUUCAGAAUCUCGGUUUACAUUUCAUGAGUUAUCACACCUACUGUAUUUAUGUUUCGUGACAAAAAUAUCCUCCAUUUGGACUCAUCACAUGACCAUUUUUAACUAUAGGCAGCAAAAACUCUGGACCAGUACACAAAAAGUCCGAAAAAACUAUCAGAUUUGACAGCCAAGAUAAAAAACCUGGCGAUAUUUGUGUCCACACAAUUUCAUAAGCGCUGUGCACAAUUCCCUUAUAUUGAAAAUUUUUAACAGAGCCUAUAUUCCACUACCACUCUUUUUAAGCAUUCAAGUCAUUAACAAACCUAUUUAUCCUCCAAUGUUAAUAUAAGGGUAACUUUCAAAUUAUGCUCUAAUAGACGAACGUUUAAAAAGCUUAAACUAUAUCACCUUGUACGACAUAAGGCAAUAACAAUUCUAAGCCAUGUGUUUUCGAUAUCCCUUUCAGCGAGCAACUGGAGAAAGCGGCCUUUGAACAACUUCACUGCAUGCCGUCGGCUGAUUAA